GUUGAAUGAAUGCAUUGCAAAGACAUUGCAUUUAAAUAUCAAUUCAAUCAAUGGAUUUGAUUGUCAUAUGUUUUCAACACAUGUGUCACACAAACGGGUCUUAACUAUCGAUAUACCCGUCGGGACAUACAUUUCAUACACCACUUACACAACUGUUUCCAUAAUAAAGCAGUUUUUAAACACAUUUAUUCAUAUUUUUUAAUACAUUAAUUGAUUUGAAUGAAAAUAUAGCUCAAAAUAAUGGAUAUUAAAGAAGUUAGAGAUUUGUUAAGACAACUGAAGACUGAUAUGUCUGAUGAAGAAUAUACACGUCUUAACUAUAAAACUAUUAUUUCAUCGAUCACUGAAAGUUUGGUUUCAAUUGACAUCCAAAACAAUAUCCAACUUUAUAAUGAUUUGUUGAAACAAUUGAUGGCAACCAUUGAUUAUAAUAGACGACAUCCGUCACCGCAAAGAAGUCUUUGUUUCAUUAAUAUUGUGGACAAAUUGUUGGCCAAUAAUGUAUGGAUUAAAACCGAGACUUUACCGGUCGUCACUGAAGUACUCAAUACACAAAACUUAUUGUUUAAGACGAUUAAAAUUAUGCUCAAAGACAGUACCACUGCUGACAACUAUAGCAAUGAACAACUUCUUGAGAUAACUGAUAAACUAUUGAAAUACUUGGAUAAGAUUCGACUCAUUCUUCACAUGAGAUUUAAUGACAAUGAAGUGAUUGCUUUGAAUCACUUGAUAUUGAAUACAAUUCGUUGUUUAUAUUUAUUGGUCACAAACUUUACAUAUAAUAUCCCAUCACAUGAUUUGAAUCAAUUUUGUGGACAUGUUUUGGGACUUUUGAAAUGUUUUGUCGCCUAUGGUGUCAGUGGUUAUGAUAUAACUAAAGUGAAAGUUUCGGCUCUUUUUCCGUCACCUUUUGCUCAAACGACAGAGUUUAUGGACAAUAGAUUGCAUGAAAGGAAAGGAUCGGUGAAUAAAAAGAAUAGAAAUAAGAAAAAUAAGAAUAAGAAUUGUGUUAAUAAUCAAGACUUGGAUGACGAUAGCGAUGGCAUCGCUGGUAAUGAUUCAUCAUAUGUCAGAUCAAUGAUAUCGGACUCAGAAUUCUCAUCCGAUUACGACUCGAUUCCCGUAUACGACGCGUCACGCGUACAGCGAUCGGUGGCCAACAAAAUAAGACACAUUUCUUAUGAAACAUUGUCAUCGGCUUUGAAUGUGUUUGAAAAGCGAAUUAUAUUUGGUUUUUGGUCGUCUUUCUUUCAAAGUCCACCCCCUGGUAGUGAUAUUUCAAUUCCUGGACCUAUUUUGUCGAUUAUAUUAAGAGAUCAUUCUCCACGCGCUAAGACCUCUGCUUUAAAUUUUUUAUAUAAAUUAUUGUUAACCGGAGAUCCUUAUGUUAUAACUUUAGCCGAUUUUAGUAGACCAUCAAAACAAUUAUCAUUUACACCAUUAUCUCAAUCUUUGGCAAAAAUGAUUAUUGAAAUACAUGAAGACAUUUGUAAAAUACUCAACAGUGAGAAAAAUAUACCGGUUUUGGUGCAAAUUAUUAAAUGCAUGUCAAUGUUGGUGACACUCACUUCUCAUAAGAAACAGGGAAGCGCUCUAUUGAUACAAUUGUUCAAUAAAUCUAUAUUUUUAUUGUCUCAUAAAGACAUACAAAUCCAGAACUCAUUUUUAGCUCUGGCCGUCAAGAUCUUUGAAUUGGAUCCAUUUCCGGAUGAUAUGUUGAGAUAUCUAAAAGAUGAUAACUAUGUUAUCCAAGAGAUAAAUAAAAUGAUUGAAUUCUCAAUGGAUUCAAUACUAAGUAUGCAAUCAAUACUUCUUUGCGGUGAAUCUUUAAAAUUGUUGGCAACUAUUUUGAAGCAAAAGUCUUUAUUUGGAUUACUUAUGAAUCACAAAGAGUUUAAUUUGACUUACAAUCAACUCUUAGAUUUAUCGAUAAAAAGUCUUAAAAGGGAUAUAUUUAUAACAAAUCAAGUGAUUCAAAGUCUUUUAUGUAAAUUUUUGGUUGUUUUAGGAAAUAAUAUAAAAACAAUAAAUACUAUGAACGAUGAAAUCGUCAAUUGGUGGUUAAAAAUACUGAAGACUGAUCUUAUCGAAAAGGCACUAAUAUGCGACAAAUCAAUACCACAUUCAUCUCAAGGCCUUAUCAUUGAYUUAAUAUCAUCAAUAAAUAUAGAGAUCUUUGAAUUGUUUGAAACAAAUACAAAAUAUCAUUUAAUAUCAGUGUUGAUAUCAAUUGUCAAGAAUACAAAUCCAGAAGACGAAGACCUAAAUUGUCAAUCGCAAGCAAUUCGUUGUUUAGGUGUCUUUCAAUCGUUUAGAUCGAUGACUGAAGAUCUCAACUAUUUAUUUGACGUUUCAAUGCUUGCCAUCGAAAUUAUGGAUAAUUUUGAAAACAAUUAUCACACAAAAAAGUUAUCGCAUAUAUUGUUAUAUCAAAGUUCAUGGACUUUGGCAAACUUCUGUGAUAUAUUGAAAAAAUUUUAUUUAAAUAAUUAUAACGAAAUAACAUCAGAGUUUUUGUUUCGUAUAAUUGAAUGCAAUCUUAACUGUUAUGACAUUCAACUAUCAAAUGCUAUACAAUCGGAAAAUAUUAAGACAAAUCUGGUUCGCUCUUCGGGUUGUUCAUUGUAUCUGAUAUUAAAUUGGAUACAAAAUGAAUCAACAGUUGAUCUAAUUAUUGAUUCAAACAAGUAUGAAUUACUAUCUAAAAUCAUUAUAUCUAACCUAUUGAUCCGAUUUGAAUGUUAA